AGAAAGCAACUGUCUGGAGAGCAGGCAUCUAGACCUGUGGGAAACCAGCCGUCCAAGAAGCUGUGGCUCUCAGGCACCCGAGGGUAAUAUCAGACUACAGGUUCUGAACCCUCAAGGGCUGUCCUUGGCCCAAUCUACGGGGGAGACCUCCAUCCUGACCGGAGGUUUGGGGAACAACUCUGCUGUGACAGGAGGAAUCAAUCGGGGCAAGGUGGUCGAGCACAGCCGUCGGGAGAUCCGGACCGGGACCCGAGUCCGCGGAGAGCCCCGGGCCUCCGCCGCCAUUGCGCCCAAAAGUGAGGAGGAUUUGUUGGCCCUGGCCGCGUCACGGCUGAGCCGCCGCAAGCGGGUGGCGGGAGCGGCCGUCGGGGUGGCCAUGGUGCUGCUGCUGCUGGUAGCCAUCCCGCUACUGGUGCACAGUUCUCGCGGACCAACACACUAUGAGAUGCUGGGUCGAUGUCGCAUGGUGUGUGACCCCCACGCACCCCGAGGCCAAGGCCCCGACGGCGCUCCCGCCUCGGUGCCUCCGUUCCCUCCAGGUGCCAAGGGAGAGGUGGGUCGGCGAGGGAAGGCGGGCCUACGCGGACCACCAGGACCCCCAGGUCCCAGAGGGCCCCCUGGAGAGCCAGGCAGACCAGGUCCCCCAGGUCCUCCUGGUCCAGGCCCUGGAGGGGCAGCGCCCCCUGCGGGUUAUGUACCCCGAAUUGCUUUCUACGCGGGUCUUCGGCGGCCUCACGAGGGUUAUGAAGUGUUGCGCUUUGACGACGUGGUGACCAACGUGGGCAACGCUUACGAGGCAGCCAGUGGCAAGUUCACCUGUCCCAUGCCGGGCGUCUACUUCUUUGCUUACCAUGUGCUCAUGCGCGGCGGCGACGGCACCAGCAUGUGGGCCGACUUGAUGAAGAACGGACAGGUCCGGGCCAGCGCCAUUGCUCAGGAUGCGGAUCAGAAUUACGACUAUGCCAGCAACAGCGUCAUUCUUCACCUAGAUGUGGGUGACGAGGUCUUCAUCAAGCUGGACGGUGGGAAAGUGCAUGGCGGCAACACCAACAAGUACAGCACCUUCUCAGGCUUCAUCAUCUACCCGGACUGAACCCAGCACCUUUCCACACACGCGCAUUUGCCCGCCCCCCUUGCCCCUUUGCUCCAAUCCACACCCACCUCCAGUUAACCUACCCAAGGCCCCAUCCUCUGAGAGCCCACGACUCUCCGGCUCCCCAGGCUACCUAAAUGGGCGGACUCUUGGGGCUCAAGGGUUUUAAGUGACCGGGGAGUGGAAAGUUGGGAUGAAGAGAAGCCACGUAGGGCGGGACCAUCUCGCUUGUGCU